AUGCCUCCCCCGCUUGCGAACAAAAGCAAAGGAAAGGGCCGCGAAGUGAGGCGGUCCCGCAGCCGUAACACAACUCCUAGUUCCGCCAGCACUAAUACUGUCACGGGAAUCGGAUAUCUGGACAACGAUGUUUCAAAAAUCCUAGUGCCGACGUCAGUACAGUAUUCCGAUAUCCUUGACAAGUUAGGAGGAAGUGGCCAUAUUCCAGAACCGAAAGCACUUGAGUCAUUGGUGGAGCAUCUAAAGACCCUCAGUCAGCUUGCUGAGACGAGAGGUGAGGCAUGUAAUGCUGGAAUAAGGGAAAUAUCACAGAAACGCAAGGAAGUUCUUGAGGAGUUGAGGGAACGCGAACAACUUGAUCGAGAUGCAGAAGAAAGGCUGAGAAUGAAGAGAGAAGCAGACGAUGACGAGGAUGUUGGCCGAGUCUCGAAAGGAGGAAAGCUUAAAAAGAGGAAGGAUAGAGGAAUUGUCAGGGACGAGAGACCUUUAUCAAACGAGGCCCAUGGAGUAGCCAAGCAGGAUGGAAUGGAUUUGAAGACAGACAAUUCUCAGCAGCCUGAACCUACCCCUCCUAUUCCGCAGUAUCAAGUGUUCGGACCAAACCCUCUCGCGUUCGAUGAUCCCACUAUCUAUCACAUACGAGAUGUUACCCCUGGAAUGACAGACGAUGAGAAACGUGAGAUUUACAGUGUAGCGCAGUUUCCAAAGAGUGACCUCAGCCAUAUGAUGACAGGAACUCCUCCAGACAAAGAUUUCAGCAAUGCAAAGCCUACUAAUCAAGUCAGCGCCAACACAUUCGCCACCUAUAUUGAACCCUAUGUUCGUCCUCUUACGGAGGAAGACAUUGCAUUUCUCAAAGAGAGGGGUGACCGGACGACUCCCUUCCUCUUGCCGCGCAGAGGUAAAAAACACUACACUGAGAUCUGGGCUGAAGAGGAUGGGUCAGUCAACGUCGAUUCCACUGCUCAAGAUCGAGAACAGCUUCCAUUAAACCAAGGUCGAAGUGGCAUCGAUCAGAUGACAGAUGAAAUUGCAGAAACCGAUCAAAUUUCUGCUCCUCCCCUAGUCAGCCGUCUGUACUCUCUGCUUCGUUUCGAACAUCGCACUCUUCCGGAGGAAAACACUGCUGGGACUGCUUCGAACAAUGAGGAUACCAACAUGAACGGCAUCGUGAAUGGGGACACAAUGGACAUAGACAGUCUUAUAGGUGGUGUAGAACCCGAAACCAAACCCCUUAAUUCUGCGACAACCUUUGUGGAUGCUUCCCCAAACGGCUUCAAGAUCCCAGCAGCCAAGCUGGAACACGGGCAGCUGGACGAGCGACUGAAAGCUGAACUCCGCUACGUUGGAAUUUUUGGCCAGGAUGAUAACCCAGACUACGACGCACACUACGACGAUGACAUCGCUGAACGCUUGCGUCUCUUGCAAGCUGAGUUGAAGAAGCAAAUGAUUGCCAACGGUGCGCGCAAGGCCCGUCUACUUGAAAUCGCUCGCGAACGCCUGGCAUACCAGGAGUAUAGCACGAUUCACGAAGACCUUGAUUCUCAAGUCCAGCAGGCAUACCUUAAACGUACACGCACGCUUGGCAAAAGCAAAAAGGGCUCGCAGGCUAAACACAAACCUGGUGGUGCGGGAGGUGGCAGCCAUCCUGUCGCGCCCAAUGCGUCAGGAGCGGGUGUGAGCAGACCCGGAAUUGGCGAUGUGGCCCGUACGCUGAUGGAUCGUCGGAAGCGUUGGUCAGAUUGCAUUGGCCCCGUAUUCAAAGAUUGCAAAACAACAGUCCCCGGAAAAGAUGAAAGUAUUUUUGACCCCGCAGUUAUGGAGGAAUAUGAGAAAGCGGAGUUGGAGGGGUGGGAUGAGGAACAGGAAUAA